AUGGAUACUUCUUAUAUAGACACAGUGAAGUCACACCUGCAGCGUCGAAAUGAGCUUUUUGACGCCAGAAUCAAGUCUGGAGAGUUCCAACCUUUGGUGUUUCCCCGGGACUUUGCAUCAAUAUUCAUCGUUAUCUUCGCCCUUGUGAUCAAGUGGCCUCGCGAUGGGCCUGUCAAAUAUAUAAGGCAUCUACUUUAUUUUUACUCUCUUUACUUAAACAUAUAUGUCAUCGUACACUGCAGGUCGCUUCUCGUUUUGGGUGGUUAUGGCGUUGGAUUGAUCUUCUCAUGGCUUAGCAUAUGGAGCGCCUCCUUGCUCAUAUUCAAUGACGUGCAAGGAACUUAUAAGCGGAUCGAACGGUCCUUUGUACCUUUCGAUACUUCGAAGGAGAAUUUGCUGCAGGGACGGGGUGGCAAGACUGGUCGCACUCCAGGCAUAUUGAAGAAUCCCGCCAGUGAAUACGACUCUUCGAAUAGGGAUGCGAACAGCAAGGCUACUUGUUCAGAUCCAAAGAUAGUUCCGCGGUUCAAAUGGCAGGGCUUUCCAGAGAAGCUGGGCCACCGGUUCACCUGGGCCUUUGAUCUUCUCUUCAGCCAUAGGGGGCCGCAUUGGAACUGGAGACCAAAGGACUUCGUGCCUCUCCCAAAACAAGUCCAACUCCAGCUGUCUCAGGGUGAGAAUGCCGACCUGGGUGCAGACGUGCUUUGGGAAGAGAAAAAUACCCAAGGCAUCCUGGUGGGUAGCAUCUAUAAGUCGGUGCUCUAUUUCUUCUGUCUCGAUUUACUGAAAGUCAUCUCAACUGGAGACCGACACUUCCUGGGUCUCAUUAUCUGUCCGCCUCCUCCAUUCCUUGCCUUUUGUGGGCCUCUCGCACCUACAAUAGCAUACAUGUAUCGUCUUGCUAUGAGCGGCGCGGCUGUGUAUUGCGCAGUGUUAUUCCCAACCACGAUAUCUGCUACUAUUUUCCUGGCCAUAUCUCAGACACCGCUUGGAUUGAAGACCAGGGUCCCAUUUGAAGCCUCGUUCCUCUAUCCGCCUUAUUUUGGAGAUGUUCUUAUUCCAAUCCUGGAUGAAGGCCUGGUAGGAUUCUGGGGAAAGUUCUGGCAUAAACAGUUCAGAGCUGGAUUUCUAGCCCCUGGUAAUUGGAUCAAAUCCAAGCUUAUGUCUAGGAACCCGGGGAGAAAGUGGCCACAGUCGAUUUUCUGGGGCCUUCAAGUUGUUAUCUCGUUUACAUUGAGCGGCAUCCUGCAUUUCUCGGGGAGCUAUACGCAGAACUCCUCCACGAACCCGUUCAAUCAAUUUCUAUUUUUCGCACUUCAAAUCGUUGGUAUAUUUUUCCAAAUAUCGAUUGAAAAACUCUUUAGAUGCUUGAUACCAUUCAGAAUCCCAGUGUGGCUGAAACGCCUGUCAAAGUGUGUCUUCGUCCUAGUCUGGCUGGCUUGUGUUGGGCCUCUGCUUUGUGAUGAUUUUACAAUUGGCGGCGUUUGGAUGGAGGAGCCGGUACCAUAUAGUCCCAUUCGAGCUAUGGGGUUUGCAAAGGGGACAGGUGGCGCAGUGCGUUGGCAAGCUGAACCACUGCGAUGGUGGAAGGGAACAAGGUGGUGGGAGCGUGGUAUCAUUUUAUAG